AUGGAUGGAGACAGUCGUUUGCAUUCAGGAGAAAAUGAAGGGCGGUCCUUCUUCCUUGGAUGGGUGUUAGGGAAGCUUCGAAAUGCUGUUGUCAUGACGUUGAAACGUAUCCGUCAGAGGCUACUGCAGGUCAUCAUUGUGGCCUUCGUUGUCUUCCUGCUCCUCUGGAUCGCUGCCUUUCUUUAUGGGAGCUUCUACUUCUCAUACAUGCCCCAGGCAACCUUUUCCACACCUGUGCACUUCUAUUACAGGUGUGUAUCAAGAGUCCUAUCCAUCUUUAGUUCCUUUGUGUUUCAUUCUUACUGUCUUGAUUUUACUCAUUCCUUUUUUUCCCCUUCAGGACAGACUGUGAAUCUCCAUACUCUUUCCCAUGCUCCCACCCAGUCGCCAACAUCUCUCUGAUCAGGAACAACAGACAUGUAUGUAUAAACUUGUGUUUAUAUCUUCAUCUUCAGUAAUGCAGAAUUCUGUAAUCUUUCUAAAAUGCACAUUCAGGUGCUGACAUUCGGCCAGGCCUACAGGAUGACUCUGCAGCUGGAGAUGCCUGAUUCUCCAGUCAACCAAGACCUGGGGAUGUUCAUGAUAAGGACAGCCUGUUUUUCUCGAGAUGGAGAGCAGGUUGCCUCCUCGGCUCGCUCUGUGAGUUGCACUCGCAUUUGCUUUUCUCUCCCUGCAACUAAAUGUGUACGAACAAUCAACAUGUCCUUCAAUACUUCCUUCAUGCUUCUCUGAUUCUCUGAACUGCUGUGUGUCUCUCAGACAGGACAGCUGCUGUCUGCCUCCAGCUCUCGCUUUGUGAGUACAAACAGAACUUUUUUAAACACACAACCUGAUCAAAGAUAGAGCGAAGCCGCUCAUGUUUGCUGCAGGGAGCCAAUACAACAGGAGAUGACCCCAGAGCUUUGGACUGCCAAGUAAACAAAUGAUCAAAAAAUGUUAGGGAUGAAAUGGGAUACUUUCUUAUACUGUAAAUUGCAAUGCAGCCAUGUACAACCAUCUUACCCAGUUUAUCAGUGACUGCCAAAGUGUGGGCUUGUGCAGACUGCUGGGCAUGAAGCAGGUAGUGCUGGUGUGUGUAUUGAUACUUAGCUACUGCACUGAAAACAUUUUUAGCACUUAAAAUUAGCAGUCUUCUCUUAUACUUUAUCUCACUCUCAAGUAUUGAUCCUUUAAUGGACCUCAAAAUAAUAAACAUUUUUAAACUGGGCCAUUAUAUUAGUGAGUUUGGGACUGGUUGUGGCGGACAGGUUGAAUUAUGGCUGCAACAAUAAAUUUAGAGAGAUAUUCUAAAUAUUCUAACAUCUUUUUAUUUACCAGUGCACCUUACAAAAACUAAAUUUAAAACAUGUUUUACGAGAAUAACAUACCAGAAAGUGAAGUUUUAAACUUAGGACUCUCUCAGUAUUUUAGUGAAAUCCAUAAGUGAGCAUUACUAUGCUGUUGAACUGGGCUUCUUAACUCUUGUGAGAAGUGAAGUUAUGAACUCUGGAAGAUCAAUCCAGUAAGAUCACCUUUGUUUAUGCUCAUAAGGCUAUAAAACAUCUCCUUAGCAUAUCACACAUCUGUUAGAGCCCAGUACUCAGGAGAAAAAAAGGUCUUUUUCUAUGAUGAUUUUAAAAAUAAAGGAAUGUCUUAUUGUAUCUCAUUAUUGCGGUUGUUCCUGUAACGUUAUUCUAUCACAUGCUGUUGUCAGAGCAUGCUGCGGUACCGUUCAGACCUGCUGAGGCAGCUGGGGACGGUGCUGUUCCUCCCGGCCUUCCUGACCGGCGUCACUGAGCAGAAACAGGUGCUGGAGGUGGAGCUCUUCUCAGAGUACAUUGAAGACCCUGUGAGUUCUGAUCUGCUGUGAAUAAAUGUGCAUGAAGUGAGAAAGAGCAGGUAUUAGGUUUGAAAUCUCUCUAAUAGUUUUCUUUGCCUUCAUGUACAGUAUUCCCCCUCAGUGACUGGCAUGAUUGAAAUCCUGUCCAACAAAGUUCAGAUCUACUCUUCUGAGCUCUUGAUUCACGCUCAUUUUACUGGAAUCAGGUAAGAGUCAGGAAGUGCACCAACAAGAGACCUGACAGAAAUGCAGCUCCAUUAACUUUCCACAUCUUGAUGAUUUUUUUCUCUUUGUUUCCAGAUACAUUUUGUUCAACUUCCCGCUCAUAUCAGCCCUGGUGGGAGUGUCCAGUAACUUCAGCUUCCUCAGUCUCCUUUUCAUCCUCAGCUACUUGAGGCUGCUGUUUAGAGUCGGCCAAGGACCAGGUCAGGUGAGACCUGUCACUGCAGACAUCAGUGACAUGACACCUGUUUUUAGCUGCACGUCUCAUUAGAGGUUUAUUUAAGAAGGGACAAUAAUUACAUCCUUUUGGUUUUACAUACAGAUGGAUGACAACAGAGAUUCUUAUUGGUUUGUUUUGUUUGUUUUACAGCCCAGAUCAGACGUGCGACUGGCCGAAAGGGAAAUUUCUGA